ACCACUCGUUCUCUGCUAACAAAAGUAAUAAGUCCAGAAAUGUAAUGAUGUGCUUUCUGCCUGUGUUUCCUUGUCCAUAAAAACUCGCCUCUGCUAUUCAUUUGUUAUUAUUCCCUUCGCAAACCUUGCAAAGAGCGGACGCGUUUUCUCGUGGCGUCAUUCCAUCGCGAUGAUGAAUAAAGCGACUGUGAUUUGCCUGGUCGUAUUGGCCGUCUUUUUGCAUUCUGGUUUGGCCGAUGAUGCAGUAGCGUGCACGGUCUACCGCGAGUCCGGUGACUUCAUCUUAGGAGCUUUACUGUCGCUUCAUGGAAGCCUUUCCGAUCAUUGUGACACGGAUGUCAUCCCUCGUGGUGUAGUUCACGCCGAGGCUAUGGUAUGGGCAGUCAGGGACAUCAACAGCCGAGACGACGUCUUACCUAACAUCACCCUUGGCUUUGAUAUCAGAGACGACUGCCGGAACGAAGACGUUGCCCUCUGGAUGUCACUCAUGAUGUUGGAGGAAAUCUCACCGGAUGCAUUCAAAGAUGCCUGCCCAGAUUGGGCACUCUCAUCUAACAUAACCUUGUUUCAAGGUCAGUCAAAGCAUGAGUUAAUUGGUAUAAUAGGAACCUCCAGAAGCGCUACGAGUAUCCCAGUAGCUCAGCUUACGGGACUCUUCCAUGUACCAAUCAUGUCCUUUUGGGCGUCUAGCAACGAGCUGAGCAACAAAGCAAGAUUUCCAUACUUUCUCCGCACCGUCCCGCCCGACCGUCAUCAAAUUAGCGCCAUCGUUGAUAUGAUAGUCCAUUUCCAGUGGAACUACAUCGCCCUGAUUCACUCAGUCGAUAGCUAUGGUCUCCACGGUGCCCGAGAAUUGCUUGUACUCGCUGACCAGAAGGACAUCUGUAUCGCCUUUACUUCACCCGUAAAUCAUUACCCAACAGAGAAGGAAUUAGCAGAAGUUGUGGCCAAACUGGUCAAAUAUAGAUAUGCCAAAGUUGUGGUCAUGUUUGCAGCCCUACAGGUAGCCAAUGCCGUACUGGAGCGUGUCAAGAGCGAACAGCCAGACCUUGAUAUUACCUGGAUCGGUGGUGAUGACUGGGGAUUUGACUUGAGCGAGCGAGGCUUUGCCGACAUUGCACAGGGCUCACUCUUCACACGUUUCUUCAGUCAGACUGUCCCGCCGUUCGACGAUUAUUUCGCAAAAUUGCAACCCUACACAGACUCUGUGAGCUCAUGGUUUACCAAGUACACGCAAAGAAAGCGCCAAGAAAAUGGAUGCCGUGCAAACGACUCGAACUGCCCUGGAGUUUUCCCAGAUAGCCCAAGCAGUGACUUCGUGGUAUCCCCGGUAGUUGAUGGUGUCUACGCCUUUGCAUACGCUCUCGAUUCUCUGCUCAAAGAACUGUGCCCAAGGAAGAUAGAUUGUUCUGAAAUUGAAAGCAUAUCUGGAAAAGUGCUGAAAACCUAUUUACUCAGAGUCAAUUUCACUGCGACGGGUGGACUACUGUUCUUUGACGAGAAUGCCGACCCACCCGGAAAAUACGUCCUAAAGAACUACCAGAAGAUAGGUAAUGGAGAGUACGACAGCAUUGAGAUUGGCCUUUGGGACUCGCAUAACACGACCACAAAGCUACAAAUUCAGGACAAUCUAAUCCGGUGGCAGGGUGGUUCCUCCGAGAUUCCUCGAUCCACUUGCAUCCCUGACUGUUCCCCAGGUUUCAUACUCGUUCCAUCCCAAGAAAAGUGUUGCUGGCUCUGCCAAGAGUGUAAUGACAAUGAAAUUGUUGUCAAAGCCAGUGAGUGUGUACCCUGUGAAAUCACAGCUUGGCCAAAUGCCAAUCGCAGCUUCUGCGAGGAUAUCAUCCCAACCAGUCUUAGCUUCCAAGACCCAAUAGUUAUCAGCAUCCUUGUGUGUUCCGUCAUGGGGCUCCUACUGAACAUCUUGACGGCUGCUGGUAUGGUGUACUACCGAGACAAGCUUCUGAUCAAAGCUGCAAGCCGUGAACUAAGCACUAUCGUUCUGCUUGGUGUGGUCCUUGCCUUCUUGGCUGUCUUCUUGCUUCUCCUUGAACCCAACCAGUGGACCUGUCUGGCAUCAGAAGCUGUCAUCUCCCUCAGCUUCACCCUGACGUAUGCACCAACUCUUCUCAAGGUUAACCGCAUCUACAGGAUCUUCAAGGCCAGUCGGGUAUCGGUCAGACGUCCUAAAUGGGUCAGUCCUAGGCAGCUUCUGACCAUAGCUGGCGUGCUGAUUCUGGUUCAGAUUGUUAUAAUCGUGGUCUCAACCUGUGCCAGUCCCGUACAAGCGCAGGUAACUGUACCCGUGACCCCGGUCAACUAUGUAGAACUCUACUGCACCUUCAGCUAUGAAUUUCUUGCAUCUUGUGUCUACAACCUCGCUCUUAUCCUGGUCUGUUGCUACUACGCUUUUAGGACGAGGCGGGUUCCAGACAACUACAACGAGUCCAAGUUCAUUGCCGCGAGCGUGUACUCCACCUUAGUCGUGUGCCUGGCUACGGUACCCGUCUACGUGACAGCCAUAGCGGUGAUACAAAAAGUGGCAACCUUGUGCGCAGCGGUAUUACUAAACGGUUAUUUAACCCUCGUUUGCGUGUAUCUACCCAAGUUAUACGCCGUGAAGUUUGUGUCCAAACGAAAAGAUGUACAAAGUACAGGGGCAGUAGGAGCAGCAGCCGCAUCAGCAGGAGUGGCAGCUACGCUCUCACAGGCCGUUGGGGGCGGUGUUGGCUCUGCCCCAGUGGGACAGAUCCGACCCUUAUAAAUAACAGAUUUCGAAACACCGGAUUUUAAUUGAAAUUUUUUUCAAGGAUUUGAAUUGCAAAAGAAUGAUAGUGUUGUAGGUAAUAGCCAUUUGGUUGAACGCUGUAAUCACUUGUACAUGUAUCUCACAUUUCUGAAAUUAACAAUUUUAUAGGUUUCAGCACUUGCGUGUCGAAAAGCACUGCAGAGUAUUGAAUAAGUUACUGUAAUGUGAAGUGUUCAACAUUAAGAUGAGCUUUGAAGCUUAAUUUUAACAGUGAAGGUGACAAAUUAGGUAAAGAGGUUUUCGGUAUAGUACCGUGCAGUGUGUGGUUCUGAAAGGAACCAGAGCGUACUCAACGUUUCGGACUCUGCCCGUCGUCAGGAGACAGCAGCAUCCCAUGUUCUGCUUGAUUACCCUUGUUUCCGGGAUCCUGAUUUAGCAGCCUCGUCUUUACAUCUCACCACCUCCAGACACUUUAUAAGCUGCUUCAUCCUUGGAACCUUUGCAGUUUCCCGAAGACGGGCAAAGCAUACUGUCCGAAAUGUUGAGUAACCCCCAGUUCUUUCAAGAACAACGCUUAGGCCUACUCAAAAAAGAGACAUAUCUUGCAUGGUGUUAUCGCAAUAUCAAACUUGUUCACCGUUACGUUUGUAUAGCAACAACGCACAAGAUCAGAAACACUAUUUGGCUUGUACUAGGCAGUUGUGUAAAUUUGCUAAGUGUCAGAUGGUAGUCUUUCUUGUUGGUUUAGGGAGGGAGUAAAUUAAUCUCAAGUGGAACUCUAUAGUCGCAGGUGGUUUGAGACUUGUCAUUUCUGCUCAUUAAUGAGCUGAGGAGUAGACACCUGCUCAUGCACCCACUGAAGUGCCAGUUUUUGUUUCGUCAGUGCCUACAUAGACUAGCCUCAGCAGUUAAUUUCUUAGAAAAAGAAGUACAAAUGAAGUAUGUUUAACGCUCACAAUGCGAAUUAAGUCAAUUAUUCUUCCUCCAGUCUUACUCAAGAAGUAAAAAGAGAUAUUUUCUUUGUUUUCUUGUGUAUUCUUUCUUUGUUGUGACUGCUGUUGUUGUUUUGAUGCAUUUCUGCAGAUGAUUUCAACUUCCGCGAAACCUAGCCCGGUCGCUUUGUUAGUACUAGUCUCGUUUUCUGUGGCUGUUUUACAUUCAUAAAUUUUAAACUUACAUUUAUAAAUACCUGGGUCAGUUUUUCUAUUCCUAUUGGUCGAAACGCAUCACGUUACGCAUUAAUUUUGAUAAUGCCCGCUGAGAAGUGAUUAUGUCCGCUGCGUAAAUCAUACACUGGCACAUGGAUACGAGCAUUGAUCUCCAUUUAAUAUAAUGGAAAUCAAUGGAUACGAAAGAGUUAAAUCAGGUCUGAUUGGUCCGCAGUCUGUGAGCACGCGACGCGCGCCGCGCCAAGUUCAUUGAGGAAGAUUCUAUUUGACAACUACA